AAGCGUUUUCACAGAUAAGUACUCAGACAUAUUGUUCAAUUUUCCUUUUAGGAUACACGAUAUCUUAGGUUUGACAUUGGACUCAUUCAGGGGUUUCAGGUUUGACUCUCAGAUUUGUGUGCAGAUUUUUCUGGUAAUGGACUAAAGCAAAAAAUGAAAAUUGUUGGAAGUAAAUUAUACCAAGCCACCACCAUUGUUUGGACCUUGUAUUAAACUACAGGCCCCUGCUGUCAACUGUUAUCAUAACAACCCUAUCAGGAAUGGCAUAAUCACGUCUGUGGUUGCUCCAAUUUCAGAAAUGAAUUCUAGAUUUUUUCUAUUUGUUUCUGUGGUAGUAGCUGUUUUAUUUAUUUUCCUCCUUAAUUUCAAGCUGUUUGACCAACAUUGCAAUAUUACAACAUUUAAUUAAUGAUCUAUGAUUGCUGCUAGGUAUCUCCAUUGUUGAAUCUUCAUUAUUUAAGCUUUCAAGCAUAAGAAUUUCACAAAAUUAUUUAAUAUUAUUUAGGCAAGUUUUUUGCCCCCUUCGGCCUGUUCUUUUUAUACACGAAUAAUAUACUGAGAAGUGACUUGCAUUCAAAUCUUAGUACUGUAAAAGGUUCAAAUUUUAAUGAGUAUGCUAAUUUAAAAGUUGUAAAUUUUGAUGAAGGCUUAGUAUCAACAGUGUAAUAAUUAUAGUAUUCAAAGAAGUUUCAAUAGCAUUAAAAUUCACUGUUUACUUUUGCCAGUCAAUUGCAUGCCAAUGACCUAUUCUCUCCGUUUUUAUUAAAUUGUGAGAACUAUUGGGAAAAUUUACUCAUUUGAUGAGCAAGAGAAUUGUAUGAAUAAAUGUGAAAGAAGUGUACUUAUGAAAUUUGGCUAUCAUGAGUCACAUCAGCAUGAACGGUUUGAGGUUCAAAUGGCAGUGAGUAUGAAGUAUUUUCGGGUUUGUAGUACCAUGUAGUGUGGUAGAAGUUUGCCGACGUUUCAGAGUUAGUGUGACCAUGAUGAUGGAGAGACAAAGAACAUCUUCUCAUCAGCAUGAAGUUCUAACAAUGCACACCAGAGUACGCAGGAUGGCAUCAAAGAGGGAAAUGUACAUAUGUUCAUUGCCUCCAGUAGCUAAACAGCAUGCAGCUGAAUAUCUUCAUGAAAAUGAGGAGAAAAGGGACAGUGACAUUUGUCAUAUACUGGAUUGGCUGCAGGGACAGUCACACCUUCAUGCUCGACGUGAUCCAGUAAAUGUGGUACGUUUUCUACGUGGCUGCAAGUUUGAUCUUGAAAAAACUAAACGCAAGCUUAGUAACUACUAUGAAUUACGAGCCCACUGUCCUGAAUGGUUUAGCCAGAGAGACCCCUGUCUGCCUGAAAUUCAAGAGCUGCUUCAGCUUGGGGUUUUCCUUCCUUUGAGACGUCGGGAUUCCCAUGGGCGGCUUGUGGUUUUGAUUCGUGCUGCUGUUCAUGAUCCAAAAAAGCACCGCCAAAGUGAUGUGUUCAAGGUUGGGAAGAUGACACUGGAAUUGGCACUGGAAGAUGAUGAAACAGUCUCAGUAUUUGGUGUAGCAGCUGUGUUUGACUUGAGUGGUGUUACUCUCGGUCAUGCCAUGCAGUUACCUCCUCAUGUAGUUAAAAAGGCUGUGCAUGCAUGGCAGAACUGCUAUCCUGUACGUACAAAGAGUUUAGAUUUUGUGAAUGCACCUCCACAUGUCAACAUUGUGCUUAAUAUUUUUCGCCGCUUUAUGACAGAGAAAUUGCGACAGAGGGUACAUGUGCAUGGAUGCAGUCUGGCAUCAUUGCAUACUGUUGUGGAACCUGAACUCCUGCCUAGAGAAUAUGGGGGAACAGAUGGCACACUGCAGGAUCUCAUUGAUUUUUGUGUGCUUCAGAUUACUGGCAGCACCAUGUGACGGAGAAACGAGAAUGGUUCCUUCAGGAUGAGCGAUAUAAGGCCACCAGCUAAUUGUUGCAUUCCAUUACAGUUGUGUAUACAGUAUUUUUUAAAUUUUCCAAAAGAAAUAAGUAUAGUUGUUACUAAGAUAUUUUUAUUUCUGGAGGUUAUUACUUUAUAUACAGUAACAUGUAUGGUACAAUAUAUAUAAAUGACCAAUACUAACAGGACAACAGCUUCAUGCAUUAUUAAAAGGCAUCUGGAUUCAGCACCUGUUGCUGUAUCAGAUGGAAAAAGAAAUUUGUAAAGUAAAAGUAUACUAGAUCAGUUUGUUACCAUAUUAGGUUAGUAUUCAGAGAGGCAUGUUUUGUCCCUGACACAGCCACUCUUGAUGGAAACAAAAAAAAAUCAGUUUCAUCAUCAUCGUCCUAACCACCUACACUUUCUACUCCCACACCUCUUAUAUAACCCUUACUCUUCUUCAUUAUCCUGUGUUAAUAAUAAUGACCUGUUACAUCUGGAAUUGUUCGUUGCAUAGUAGGGAUACAGUAUUUCAUUAUGGAGUUGAUGACCUCUUCAUCAGAAGGUAUGCAGUGUUGAAUCACUCUAAUGUUUAAAUAUGUUAACAUCUGUGAAAGUAAAGGUCUGUAGUCAAAUUCACCCAACUUUGGAUUAACCAACCCAAAGCCCAUGUUUCUUGAUCUGUUUUCUAGGGGAGCUCAUAAAAACUCCUCAAUUGAUAGUAAUUUGUUUUUAAUAGACAUUUAUCUUUCUUUCAAAUUCUUGAUUUAGUCAUGUUUCAGUGCCUCUUUUUAACUCUGUAUACAGAGAUUUAUGUCUUUGUUGCCCAAAUAUAGCAGAUUUUAAUUUAAAAAACCAAGAGUUAUGUGCAAGGACCAGAAGUAACUCAGUCUACUGGAUGAAACUUAGUGAUUUGAUAUUCUUAAUCAACUUAUAAUUAUGAUAUUCAAAAGAAAGUAAGUAGGAGUAUAUAUUAUUAUAUUAUUUACUAGUUAGUAUGGUUGAUGGGCUGUUAAAUGGUAUUGCAAAAGAAAGAAGAUGUAGAAAGUGAAAUCUGAGGUUCUCACAGUGGUGAAGAUAUGUGUUCUGGGUUGUGAUGCCAUGUGGAGUCAUAGGUAAACGUUUUGGAGAAACAUUAGUUAUGCUUCAGUUUGAUUUUGAGCAGUCAUUCACCAACAUGAAUAUUUUAAUUUGAAACAUCGACGGGUCUGGUACACAUAUACUCUGUAGGCCAUCAAAUUUUAAGUUUUAAUCCCGAGGAAUAUAGAAUCAUUGGUUAGGACAGGGCCGUCAUGAUUCGAAAUAAAUUUUGUAACAUCCACCAAAGCGGGAUGUGGUGAACAUAGAAAUAUGUGGAGGCUCUUUGGUAUCACCUAUCGACAUCAUUUCAGAAACGGAUCUCAAAUAAUUAUUUCUUAAAAUUUCUUUAUAAGAGGUGAUAUUUACAAUAAACCAAACAGUCCGUUCUCCAUGAACCAAUGAAAUACUUCACUACAAUCAACGAAUUAAACGGUCGCUUUGUAUCAUAAAUAAGCACACCGUAAAACACUCUACUUUAUUAGAUAAUUUUAUAAUUGAGACAUAUUGUAGACACAAGUUAUGAUUUUAUAUUGAAAGAAUUUCUGAUAUGUCAAGGAUGUUUGUUGUUUUUUUACCUAUGCUUAUGGAGCCACGCCCAUUGAGAACGCCUGCGGAUUUGCUAAUUUCAGCACCCUAAUUUCUUCGCAUCUACCUCUCUUUUCAGUCGCCCACUGAAAAUAAAUUUAUGCGUAAAAAUGCAUUAACUGGUAAAGUUAAUGUGGGAAAGGACAAAGUGGGAUCAUAGCAUUGUAGCGAAGGAUUUGUUGACGCCCAGCUUUAUAUUGGCCCUGUACAGUUUCUGAAUAGGAAUACGCAAAGCAAUUAAUCUUACUGUCAUAUAUAUAAGUUUGGCUAGACCCGAUCCAGCAGUCCGGCGAAAGCACAGCAUGGAGGUAAUUAAAGAGGAACCUAAUUCGGAUGAAGAGAUACACCCAAUAUCUUCACAGAAUGAACAUUGCCUGGUUUAUACGAAGGAUAAUCAUUCUGUACAUGCAACAUUCUUUGUAGUAGGGACAGAAACUGAGAAUGCAAUUCAGAUGGCUGUAAUGUGUUCAAUGAGAUGUGAGUGAGGUGGGGAAACCAUUAUCAUAAGUGACAUUGGCGUGGUAUAUCUCUGAGGGAACAGUGAAAUACAAGAGGAAUCUUCACUCAGGUUAGUGAUAUCAGUGGUGGAGACUUAAACAUAGUAUUGGUUUGACCUCCACACUCACCAGUCAGCAAUGUUCAUAUGGCUCAGUAUAUAGUCAACUCACAUGCAUUAAUUUGUCAACAGUUAACAGAUAAAACAGUUCAGAUCAGAAAUUAAAAAAAAAAUAUACCUCUUUGCAUUGUCAGUUUCACUAUGCCAGAAAUAUUUAAUAUGUCACUGUUCUGAAAGUCAGUGGUUGCAUUUUUGUUACUACAGAUAGGUUGGUUGUGUUACCACAAGUAAUUUUGGGUCCUCAGUUGUGAGUGGGAUUCAACAAUGAUGGCGGAGUUUUUAUUGUAGUAGACUGUGUUGCUUUGUAAAAUUCAUUAGUAUUAGUGUUAUACCCACCAGUAUAGUUUGAUAGUUUUCUAAAAAGUAAUACCAGUAGUAACACUAUGGUCAUAUGCCUCCAGAUUGGCCAUAUGCACGUAUUACAUGUCCAUUUGUUUCACUAUAAGCCACAACCUGUCUGCAUUAACUGUCCUGUACAACAUACUGUACAUGUUUAUUUUUUCUGUGACAUCAUGUAUUGUGCAUUUAUUGUUCUUUAUGAUAUGUUUUGUAAAAUGUUAACAUCUCUCCUUUCUUUUCCCCUUUCAUUAUAACAUUAGGUAUAAUUUACAUGCUGAAUGUUCUUUAUAUAGCUAGAAGAGGCACAAAAUACAAAAGUCAAAAAUGAAGUAAGAACAGAGGAAUGUGAAAUGUGUCCAACCAGGUGAGCAUGAUGUUAUGACUUAUUUGUGUAAAAUCAGCAAGGAUUAGGAAUGGCACAUCUUCGGGAUAUAUUAUGAAUAUCAGAACAAGAAUGUAAAUCACAGUUAAACCAUAAUUUGCUUAUUGUAUUAUUUAGCAGAUAAAUGACAAUAAAUGUGUUUUGCCUUUGAAAUA